AUGGGAGGCGUCAGGGACACCGAUAUCAAUCCUUUAUUUAACAACGCAUGUUUCUCUGAUGUGACAAUUCGACAAACCUGUCACGGAGCUUCCAGAGAGUACUAUGGGCACAAGGCCGUCUUAGCGUCACAAUCCAGAUGGUUCUACAACGCCUUUUUCGGCAACUUCAAGGAAGCUACUGCCAAGGUUGUCGAGCUUCAUGAUGAUAACCCUGUUCACUUCGAGAUGCUGCUGAAGUGUAUCUACUCCCGCCAGUACCAACCCAAGCGCAGCCAAGACAUUGUUGGCACCUACAUCGUGGCCGACAAGUACGCUUGUGACGAGAUCAAGAAGAGCCUUAUGCUGGCAGCCGAGAAAAAGAUUGAAAAAGCGGGGUGGGAGAAACUGUGUCUCCUUGUGGAGCUCUUCUACGGAGGUUGUGGAGACACUGCAAACAGCGAAAUUGGAAGGUUUCUUGCAAGUACGAUGACGAAUUCGCAAUCGGAUUCUGGACUCUCCUUCCAGACUAUCGUCGACACCUUUAAGGAGCUGUCCAAACGGUUUCCGAACUUCGCAACUGACUUGAUAGUUCAUGGAGUCAAAGUGUGGAACGUCAUCGAUUACGAACCCUGGGAAGACCCAGAGGACCCUGAAGAGUUUCGGAGGGAAGCCGCCCUACUGAUUUUUGACUAAAUUUUCAGAGAGGUGGUGGCUGAAUUCACGUG